GAGAGAAAAAGGAAGCUCUCCGAUAAGUUUUUGUGUAUAUUUCUCAAAAGUUACACAAACUUUCACAAGCCACGGGUAUGAUUGGAGGCCUUGUCGGGUUCAUCAUGCUGAAGAGAGAGAUCUGAAGAGGAGGACGGACACCAGUUUGUCUGCAGUUGCGUACAGCAGAUGACAACAUCAAAUAUUAACACUUUCUAAGGCCUUGGGCCUCGAGUGACUACAGAGUGAACCUGGACACAGAAAAAGAGAGACAAUGUCCUCUGACUUGGACUCUAGUCUAACCAGUAUUGACUGGCUGCCUCAGCUGGGAAUCAGCAGCCUGCGCUCUGGGAAAGAGAGAGGAGGAGGAGGAGGAGGAGGAGAGAGAGACAAGAAGAAAGACAGAGGGAGGGAGAGAGGAGACUUCCUACCCUCUGUGCAGGACCCCUCCCCUUCUAACUCUAAAGGGAAACCCCCUCACAGCUAUGCCACUCUCAUUGCCAUGGCAAUAGCAGCUGCACCAGAGAGGAAGUUGAGUUUGAAUGACAUCUACACCUGGAUCAGUGACACCUUCCCAUACUACAGCCGAGCAGGCCGUGGAUGGAAGAACUCCAUUCGGCACAAUCUGUCUCUCAAUAAAUGCUUCAGGAAAGUUCCUCGGCCACAGAACGACCCUGGCAAGGGCUCCUAUUGGACGAUGGAUGGACCUGCAGAGGUGAAUCAAGUGAGGUCACUUAAACGUCCCUAUCCACAGGAGGAAGAGGAGAGGCAGGAUGUUCUUGAUGUACCUGGGACACAAGCAGACAGAGGACCCUCCCCUCACCAACCACAACCGACCUCCCACACAGACCGCCAGCUUCUGAACACUGAGCGUCUGGGAGCCAUAGAGCAACAAUCACCCCAGUCUGCCUCACUCUCUCCUCCCCCGUGCAAGCAACCGUCACUCUACAUGCCAAACCCUGUCUCCAGUCUCCCUGUCCCUCAUCCAUCUGUCUCUCCUUCAGCUGGGCUCCCACCUGCUGCCACCAUGGCUUCCAUCAGUUCUUUUCCACCUCCCCAUCCACCUGGCCCCCAAACUUUAUCCAUCCCCACUGCUUCUGCUACACCCCAGUCGGCUGCCAAUAUGUCUACAACUACUCCUGCUGUUCCGUCUUUCUCUGUUGCCGCCCUGUCCUUUCCUGCUAUUUCAGGACCUGUACCUGUCUCCACUUUCUCCUGUGCUCCUAGCACAACGCUUGUACCUGUUUGCACAGUGUCGGGCCCCACUCACUCUUCUGCGUCUGUUGUCGCCCCUCCUGUUGUCUCCUUAAACUCUUCAACUGAUCCUCCUCUGCGUUUCACCUUCGAUGAGAUGAAUUUACCAGACUUGUAUGCAUCUUUCAAAUCUCUCUUCAAGACCAUGCGUGAGAGGGGAGGCUCACAGUCGGAUGUUGCUCCCCUGGCUCUCCCAAACAAUGACGCUACCCCACUACACACUCCAACUCUGCUACCAAUGUCUCCUCACCCUGCACCUCCUGCACCAUCUGCACCAUCUGCACCAGCUGCACACCCUCCUUCACAAUACACAGUGCCACCUGACUGGUUCAGUAACCAAGAUUCUCUGAAGGAGAGCUUCCGCAUUGCCAGCAAUCUAGACUGGGCAAACAUAGACCUCUCUGGUCACCCAGACCUGCUGGAGAGCAUGAGGCAGGCAGAGCUGUGCGACUGGGCCCUGGACCCAGUGCUCUUCACAUCCCUCUGUGAUUCUCUGAACCGCUUCUUCACUCAGAAAGGCAUGAUCACCUCUGGGAAUAACUCCCCUCUAGCCCUCGGUGCACCUCACUCCUUACAAGGCCCACCAUUCUCCUCCAAUCCCACUCCAACCCUUGCCAGCCUCACUCACCCCUCACCCCUCCCCUACUCUCCCGCAGUUCCCCCCGCCAACGGAGCACAGCCGCCCAGGAGGGCUCUGCACAUGCAGGGACCAGGCCUUCAAAGACCACAGCUAACACAGCCCGCAAACACCGGGAUGCCAUCUCAGUCUGCGACACCACGACAGCGCCCUCCAUUAAAGAAUCUGCACAGCAACAGCGAGGAGAUCCAGGAUGACUUUGACUGGGAUUCUCUCGUUUGACUCUCACCGUCUGCGUGGAGAAACAAACAAAACAGAACUUUACAGAGAAAUGUGACUCUUUACAGCCAUGUACACUAAACUCCAUGCAGAGGCUGCCUCACUGGUGUGCAGAUUUGGGAUCCAGUUAUAUCACAUACGACUGAAUGCUGUAUUUCAAGGCUGAAAUAGUUGUUUCUUCACUUGUAUUCAAAUUCAUAUGCUGUAAUAACUUUUGUUUAGCUUACUUUUGCAGGGUGUUGUUUUCCAGUGGACUGUACUUUUGUAAACAUGUUCACCAAAGAAAAUAAAGUGUAAUUUUUUUUUCUUGUCACAUUAUUGUACACUGCAGCAGUAAAAAGAAAAAAAUCAUAUAUGGGAUAUAGACUUAAGCAUGAACUACAGAGCAAGUAUGAGACAAGCCAAACACGUCCUGUGUUUUUGUUUUAUUUCAUAAAUUUCUUUUGAUUUUUUUUUUCCAUUUUACUUUUCAAAUGUGAAUGUUCACAGUCAACACCACACAAAAUUCAACCUUACCCGAUAAAAGAGAUAUUUUUCUUGUUGAUAUAAAAUAACAAUAAAUUCAUCAAACUAAAUUAAAAGAACAGCAUGGA